AUGCCUGCAAACGCGCAGUCCGAACGCAGCGAUGCCGCUGGUGGCUCUUCGUCCAAAACCUCGCUCCUUUGGGCCUACCAACUACGCAGAGAACACGUCCAUCUUGUGGAGCGCAUCGAUGGUAUGGACUUCCGGCUAGUCUCGUGCACGAACAAAACCGAAACGCACGAACAGAACCUUGCCAACCUAGAAACUCUUGUCAGAAGUCUGCAAGCGGAGAAUUACACUGUGAAGAAUGAAGUGACUCUAAUGCGCACCAAACUAGCAACCAGGAUUGAGAACAUCAGUCAGCAGAUCUCUGCGAUUGUCAACGAUGGCGCCAUGAAAGAUGCCACGGAGAAGCUAGAGACUGGGGUCAGAGAUAUGGGGCUUCAGGUAUCCGAGCUGUCGAAUAGAAUGUCUGAAUUCAAGGCAGACAUCGCCAAGGUCACCACAGGAGUAACUCGAAAUAUCGAACAUCAGGAGCCGAGGCAGACGGCGUUGGAAUCGAGGCAGGACAAUUUGGAACUAAAGAAGACAGAGCCAGAACCGGUGCAGAUUGAAACAAAGCCCAGAUUGCUUGUCAUGUUGCAAUACAAGAAACAGAAAGCUCGGACCAGACAAUCAAUGGAAGCAUUGACAGAGGUUAUAAACACUCCAGAUAGUAUCAUUGACCAAGCCGGUCUUUCCACACUGACUGAUUCAUACGUGCCUGACUUCAUGCCUCUGCCUGCAAAUGACCAUACAUUGCAGCUUGAAGCUAUUUCCCGAGAGAUACGACAAGGUGCCCGAAGUCUCAAUGACUACUUUGUCUUCACUUCCCAGCUCCGCUGUCAACUACCUCGGCGGAAACAAGAGGGCCAUAUAGUCGAGGCAUUUUUUGACGGCAUCACCAGCGACGAUGGGUUCAAAACAUCCUUGGAAGAAUACUUGAAUGAAUUCGGCUGGGUCUGGUCUAACCUUGAGAUCUUUUGCAAACCUCGUGCUCUUCGAAAGAAGCGGAAACCUAUAUACAACAUUAGGUCGAAAACAAAAGGGAAUGCGCAUACAAGGGGGGAUGCCUCUAUUUAUGGGGAUGUGGAUUGA